AUGGAGCCAAUACGUAACCUCCAAUCAAUCGAAGAUGAAAUCGUCGCAACUUAUUUGAAGAUGAUCAUCGGAGACGUUUCGUGGCCUCGCCGCUUCCUCCGAAGCCAAGACGUGUACUGCAAGAAUCCAAUGACGUUUUUCGCUAAUCAAGCCCCUAUGAUCCUACACGACGGGCGUUACCUAAUCGUUAACCGGAGUUUGGAUUCUGGUAAAACCGAUGGAUGUGAAUCUGGUUGCUGGAGGGUGAUUGGUCGUGAUAAACUGAUCAAGUCGGAGAAGACAGGGAAGAUUCUAGGGUUCAAGAAGGUUUAUAAGUUCUGUGAAAAGGAGGAACCUAGAUCGGUGUUUAAGUUCUGGGAAAAGGAGAAGAGAAGAGUAAGAGAUAAGAGGGUAUGGGUGAUGGAAGAGUAUAGGCUUGCGAGUACGUGGACUCAAGGUUACGUGAUCUGCAAGAUUCGACUUCUUAAUCCAAACCCACUUGAGUUCAUGUUGUGCAACCAUGUUCGAGGUUACUAUGUAUGA